GUCGAUCGGAUGAGGGUCAAUCCCGGCACUUUUCCCGUCUGCCGCGACGGUUGAGAAUUGAAACAGCAGAUUUGCUUCUUUUCAUAGGUGGUCAUGAAGUCAUGACUCGACUAGUCGUGGUUGAUUACGCCAGUUGCCUUGCUAAGAAUACUCCGUGGCGAUGAUCCAUCAAUCACUGUUGAGAUAACUCACGGGGCACUUCAUCGGACGUCCCUGAGGCAGUACCAUGGGACGGACAGCAGGGAAUAUGUCGAUGCAGAAGAAACUUCCGAGAAUGUCAUGCAUACCAAUAAAAGCAUCCAACAUGGACCGCGUAUUGCCAAGCUCAGAAUGAUGAAGCCUAGUCAGUGGAGGUUCCGUGGUUGGUGGGCUGAGGGUGAGACACGCUCAUCCAGAGAUCCAGGCUCACAGGAAACCUUGGGAAUGAGAUGGUUAAGCAGAUCCCCGAUGAUGACGAUCGCUACUUCACUGUACGGUGCCUCUUUGGUCCACCGUGUAUCAGAUAGGUUGGUUGUGGUGAUACGAUCCAACUCGACCCGAUCGACAUAAAUUGCGCAGGACUACUCAGUUAAUGACCAGAAAUCCCGUGUGUGUAUAAAGUUGAUGAAAUGGAAUACAUCAACUGACUUGAUAACAUAUUAGGAAACAAGGUUAAUAUCAGCGUAAUAAUGAUAAUAAUGAGGAAGAGGACGCGUAUUACCCCAGCCACUUUCUGACGUGGCGGUAGGGCUGGUGAGUCUCCGCCACGAGGGUCAGUUUCCUCAAUGGGGAUUAGUCCCUUGCAGUGUGUUCUGUGCAAUGUCAACAGAAAUAUUGCUUGCUAUGAAAAUAUCUGCUCAUUACCAGAACCCUUUAAAGAAAAAGGC